AUGCUGGUGAAAGAAAACCACAGCGUUAUUCUAUACACCGACGAAGAGAAUAUUGAUCUGGUGAAGCUCACAAGCGAUGGAGUCCUGACGAACAAAAAAGGAACCUUUCUACAUAAGGAUAUAAUAGGAAAGACAUAUGGUAGCAAAAUAUACGACAGUGCAUGUAAGAACUAUAUAUAUGUGUUGAGAAGGACCCCUGAAUUUAUAGCCCUAAGUUUGAAAAAAAAAACACAAACAUUAUAUGAACAUGAUAUAUCAUUUAUUUGCCUAUUGUGUAAUGCUUUGCCAAAUAAGAAAAUAAUUGAAGCUGGAACAGGGACAGGUUGCUUGACUUACGCACUAGCCAGUUGUGUUUUGCCCAAAGGAAUCAUUCACACCUACGAAUAUAAUGAAGAGCGUUAUGAAGAAGUACGAAACGAAUUUUCCAACUUUGAAAAUGUUAAAAAUAACAUCAAAUUUCACCACAAGGAUGUGAUAAAUGAAUCCUUUGAAGAAUUCGAACCGGGAGAAAUAGAUUCUGUUUUUUUGGACAUGCCUAAUCCUUGGCUCUGUGUUCCUAACAUUAAAAAGGUUCUCAAGGAAAGAGGCGUUUUCGUAAUAUUCCUUCCCUGCAUUGAACAGGUCUACAAAAUUAUUGAAGCACUAGAAGAAAAUCAGUUUUGCGAAAUUGUUACCUACGAACUGGUCAACAAGUCUUGGGAAAUUAUGCGCAAUAAAGUGUCUGCGGGUGGUACCAAACGAGACAGCCAUGUUAACCUGCAGGGGGCUAAUCCAACGAGUGACCCUUUGGACGAAGCGAAGAACUGCCAGGCGGUCCCAGUGGAGGGAAGAAACCCAAUGUAUAGGCUCCGACAAAAGGAGAACAAGACCCACACUGGGUACUUGAUCUUUUCCAAGAAGCAACUUAGCGAUGAACACGAACAGAUCGAAAUUGAGAUGAAGGGUCUUUGA